GGCUGGCGGCGGCGCGCGGUGAGCACGGAGGACGUUAGCCCGCGCUCGGCCGCCGCGACGCACGCGUUGUCCUCGCUCCGCACGCCGCACUUAAUAGUUCCGCAGCCGUGGCAGGUUUCGGUGCAGUGUCGUGAUGUUCACGCCGUGAAACGCCUCCCCUUGUGUGCCUACUUCCUUCCUACUCGUGUGUCGGAUUGUUCUUCGAGUUUCACUAUGGGUGAAUCACUGCUGAAAGAGGAUCCCCUCUCCAGGAUCCAACGGGAGAUCAUAGAAGUGACAGAGAGGGAGCGUGAGUUCAAGGAGGGACAUUUCCGUAUCAACAGACUCCACUCGGAGUCGACCAUCGAGGUAAACAAGCAGAACGGCCAUACGAACGGCGACGCUCACGACAAGCCGCCGAGGGCCCUCAACCGCGCGGUGUCUACUUCGCACCUCAUGGGGCCUAUCACCCCGUCGCCGCCACUCGCGCCCGCUCUACUCAGCAACGGGUACACACGCCGGUUCACGCCCCAGACCGGGACCAAAGGUUUGAUGCAACGCUUCAUAGCGAACAAGGGCAAGCUGCCGGCCCCCUCAUCCAACACCCCGCCCUCGCCCGUCGCUCUGGCGCCACCGCCGCUCGCCUUCACCCCCUCGCCGGUGAUCGCACCCGUCGUGUCACCUCCCGUCAUCACGCCGGUCAUCACGCGCACUCCUGAAGGAAAACCAGUCCGGAAGGGCUAUGUGCCCGUCGAGGAAAAGAUCCAAAAGGAACUGAGAGAGAUGAAAGACAGAGAACACGAGUUGAAGCGUAUGAGGAAGAAACAGAAGCCGUUUGACAUCGACUUAAGUGAUAAUGAAACAAGUUCCGAGUCCGAGGAUGAGGAAAUCCCGAUGCCGGGCAAACUAAAAGCUACAAAAUCUAUAGGUGAAUUAUAUGAAGCCCUUAACGAGGAAUUGAGAUCACCUUCGCCUAGGAACAGCUCGGGACAUGAAUCCUUGGGAAGCUUGAAACCGGCUAAAUCGCUGGCUGAGUUGUGCGAGUUAACUCCCGGCCAAGAGUUCCUCGCACCCAGCUCGACGCGCCUCAUCGCGCAGUGGGAGUCCAUCAUACAGCAGAAGCAAGAAGCUGGAGCUGCUUAAUGACAAGACUACAAGGGCAAGAUAUUGGGUAACAUUUAUGGAGCGCAUUAUGACGCUGUCGAGCGUUGCGUAAAUCAAGAUUCAUCGCGUUAACGAGUAUUAGCAACAGUGAAAAUUGGAUGUAAAGCCGAACAAGUGUGCGCAGAUUCGGCAGCGUUGUGUGAACAUGAUGGCUAUGUAACGGUACGCUGUUACACGUGGUGCCGCGAGGUGUGAGUGCAUUUUACGAGGGUAAUUUAAAGUGGUUUCAUUAAAGCAGUAAACAAGCGUUUCGAGUGUGUACGAGUCGCGCCGAUCGGUUUCUUGUCGACUGAUCGAUCGCAGAGCAAUUAAUUUUCUCCAGAUUGCGAACAAUGCAAAUGAUGGUUAUCCGUAACGGCAAUUAUCUCAAGCAUGCGCAGUUGGAAAGCGGCCGAUACAUGCUGCGAACUCGUCUCCGAGUGUGAGUAAAAUAGUUUCUUCCUAUUGUUUGAAGCUGUGGGCGCCUAUGAAAAACUCGAUAGAUUUCAUGGCGGCGCCGCUUUCCCGCCUGUACGCCACCGCUUCUCUCGACUCGCAGGUAAAGACGCCAUUGUAGCACUUUUUCAGUUGUCAUUGUGAGAAAUGCCUAAGCACAGACACAAGAAACCACAUGAAUAGCAACUUGAAUCGAAACCACAGCGCGCCUGGUAGCUUAUAAUUAACUUAGUGAUGUGAGAGGUGAUACAUAAAUGACUUCCACUUGUGUUACUUUUCACCUUGAGAGCAACAACCAUCUAUUUUCAUAGCAAUUUGCGAAAGCCUCAUGUGCCGAGUCGAAUGUAUACUGUUGUCUAUAGUAUUUUAAGUUAAUGAAUGGGGUCCCUUUUCUCACGCUCUACUGAGCUUUAAACCCAAUGCCAUGUUUAUUGAAAUCUGAAAUACCUGCCAUGCUACUCAUUAUAUACACGAAAAAAAUGGGCACUUUCAUUUAUUGCAUAUGUUAUUACUGCUUGUCGUGAGCGCGACGCGGUGCGCACAUUACACCUAAUCGUCCAUCGCUAAUUCGCAACAUGUAAAACAUUUUUCCAAUAGAUAAGCCGCGAUUAUAUCGGUGUCGUUAUAAAUAAUGUCGCUUAUAAACGUUGUAAAAUUAACUUAGCUGUCUUUUAUGUUACGAUUACCAGCAUUUCUUUGGGUUUCUUUAGUCAGACUGUCGGCUUGAAAUUCUCAGAAUGAGUGAAAGUUGUUAGGCGCGCUCACAUCUCCGCCCGAACAGCAUACCUAAGGUCGAAGCUGGACUUCGAAAGAAUGUUUUUGUAUUAUUUAUUGUACUUAAAUAAAUUAUGUGUCUUAUUGUUGUCACAUUUAGACAAAUUGAACAUCAAAAAUUAAUAUUUUAGACAAAAUUAUAUGAAAUCUUUCGUAGAAGUGUCAAAUAGAGUGUGCCUUAUAUUGUAUCGUAGUUGAUAGCACAAGGGUACUAAUUUUGUCAAGGAUUAACAUGAAGCGACUAGAAGCCAUGUAUGACAAAUGUAGGGAUAGUGUCAUGUGGAUGCCGUCAGUUCUCUGGCUAGGUUUUGUUACUAACAUUUUGUGAAAGGAGACUUUUGUGUAACCACAGGCGAAUGCAAUGGACAGACCCAUGGUCUUUGCUUUUAAAGUGGUUGAAAAUGGUAUUCCCAUUUGAGAAAUAUAAUUUGAAUAUGUGAAAUCUACUUUUCCCUGCUGUAACAUGUUUAGAUAGCCGGCCAGGGGGAUGACGUCAUCAACAACCAUAGCGACACACACGUUAGGACUAGAGCAUGUAAAUAAUUUAUUUAUUAGAACCCAACAAACUAUUUUCCUAGCAUAAUAUUAAAUUUAGUCAAUUUAAUUUUAGUAGAAUGGAGCAAAUAGUUAUUGAUGAGAUUCUUAGUAGUUAAAAUUGUUGCAAUAAUGUUUUAUAGAGUUUAAGUUUGUUGCUAGUGUAGAGGCAAGUGUUUGAAACUUGCAAUAGAAGCAUUAUUGAUACAAAUAUUGUUAAUUUAUGCUGUACUUUAUAAAGGGCUUCUGUGAACAUAAGCGAGUGUGGAGCCGUCCUAUUCUGUAGGGUGUCUACUUCACCCACCUUGAAAACAGCUUUGAUACUACGUACCUACGUGCAUACUUACCUAUGUAGAAGCACACUAUGGCAAAAUUGUGAGUAGAAAUUAGUAAAAAUACACUUUAAAAUACACGUUAGCAAUAUUUCUUGCAGCUUUUUCAUCACAGUUUUAUGGUGACUAAUUGCAUAUUUUGUGUUUUCAGUGAACGAAAAAGUCACAUACUUAGCUAUUUAUUGCCAAAUUCUAUAAAAUGACAAGGCUAACUCUUGCCUCAAAUCUAAUCAAAUAUUAUAGUCGCUCCUUAUUAGAGACUUUAUUUACAGUGUUGUCUUCGUCUUAUGCUUCAGCAUUGUGCUUAGUACCCUCAAGUAUCAAUGCCUUAAAUAGCGGGUACCUAUCCUUACAUUCAAUUCAGUUACAAUCAAUUUCAGUACCAACUUAAAUAUGUUUGCCUUUGUCUUUAUUAUAGUAAAAUAAGAUAGACAACAGGUAAGAACAUUUUCUUUCAAUAAGUUAACCCUUAAUCAAACUCGGUUCUGCAAAAAAUCGGACCUGUCAAAGCUUCAGGUUACGUAGCGGACUCCGUGAAAACGGGAUACGUAUAAACAAACCCUUAAUAAACGGGGUACAUAGCGUCUAUUCCGGGGUGAGUUUACUUUCAAUAAGUACUGGUAUUUCUAUGCUAUGCAAUAUUAUCUCUUAAUAUGAAGAUUUCAAGUUUCAAGCAGAAGUGAAAUUCUUCUGGAAUAGGUCUAUCUCGCUUGUGUUAAUAGAAGCCACAGCCUCGCACUAACCACUGUUCGUGUACAUUCCGUCAAACCAACAUUGUGAUAUGAAAUUGCCUUAAAUAUUGUUAUAUGAAAUGAUUAUAUUCCACUUAGUAACUAAUUAUUGUGUCAGAAAUGUCUAUAUAUGUCUACAUAUUUACUAGUUAACACAAACAAACUGCAUUUUAAUGCGUAAAGGAAACUACAUCAGUGUUUUUUUUUUAAUUAUUUCGUGCAUACUUUAAGUUUGCACAACGUUUUUCUUAGAUCUUAAUCAGCAAGUGCCUACAUACGUGCCUAAACUUUUUUUUAUAUUGUUAGACUAAUGUAUUUUCCUUUGCGUAUUCUGAAAUUUUGAUGUUAAUUUAUGAUAUUUUUUAAGUAUUUCGCAAUAAAUUCAUUGUCAAUUUUUACAUA